UCAAUGAGGUUUUUAGUGGUUACCUGGGACUCUCUACAUGCCCACAUAGACGUGUCAGUGGAAAGAAAGCUGUCUGCAUUAACAGCACAGAUGACAACCACACAGUAUAAACUUUAUGCUGUUCCAGUUCCCCAGAAGUCUGACCUGCAUUCGUUCAAAUAUUUAGUCACAUAAUCACAUGCUUAAAAUCAAGAAAAAUCCUGACCAGUAUCCUGGGCAAAGGUGUGCAAGGCUGCCAGAAUUUGAGACUGGCUUUAUAAAUUACACCUUUCCUUUUCCCACAACUGCUUUUCAUUAUGCAGUUCUUUGUUGGAGCUGCUGGGAAAAAACAGUUCCUUACUGCUGUCCAAAAAGCUGUUUGAAAGGUUCCAUGACCCUUUGAUUCACUUUAAGGAAAUCUUACUGCAGAGUUUUUUAUGUUGGCUUUACUCUAUUGCAACAGAACUUUCCUGGGUUUUUUGCAUUGUUGGCACUGUUGGCUUGAGCAUAUUUUUGGGUUGUUUUGUUGUGUUUUUUUUAAUACAACCAGGCAAUAGUAGCUCUCCUAUUAAGUGUUUUGACCAGGCAGACUGUGAGAGGCCAAACUUAAUUCAAUUUAAAGUUCAGUUCCUACUAGGAAGUCACCCAAGAAGUGGUGAAAAGUAUGUCUUUAAAUAUCUAAUUGCCAACACACAUCUCAUUUGGCUGCAUUUACACUACCCCUGUAGAAACACUGGGUUAUUUCAUGAUUUCAGGCCUCAUUCUGACACGGCUCAUCACACCUGACUGGUGUGCUCCAACUUGAAGAAGCCUUCCUGGGUUGGAUACUCUGCCAUUCACUCUUAGAUCUACCAGAAACCCUAAAAUGAUUCAUUAUCUCCUUUGACCCUUCUGAAGCAUAUGUAGCUAGAGCUGCAUAGCACCUCUGUGGGUAAGACCUUUCUUGCAGCUGCUCACGGAACAGCCCUUUAUAUAUUUGGCACCGGGCUUGCAGGAUCAGAAUCUGGCUGUGAAGACUUUCUGGGGUGAAAGAUGGUGAGUAGAUGUACAUUACCUUGUUUUCCCCCAGCCAUGCGAACUGGCACUCGUCCAGCGGGCCGGCUGGUGGCACUGUUAAUCAGCUGCAGCAGCAGAUGCUGCUCUUUUGCCUCCUUUCAAAGAAGAGGGCAGGGAUCUUCGGCCUGGAAAAAAGCUCCCUCUUUGCCAGAAUUAAAACAUCAGUCAUGCCUUUCUCUUUGCCAGCUUGACUGAACGUGUAAUUUCAGUCUGGAGACUCAAGGCUCUGAUCCUCCACCUAUUCUUUUCCUGUAUAUUUAUUGCCCUUCUUUAAAAGGUUUCAUUCCCAGGUGUUCCAGUGUGUGCAGACUUGUUCCUCAGAUUCACAUACACCUCUGGCCAGAUCCCAGCCCACCUACGAGUUCUUUGGCCACCACACAGUUACAUGUGUACAGGAUGUGUCUCAUGGCUGAGUCCCACAGAAGAGAUUGUAGUACUGCAGCUACCACCACUAUUUCCAUUGCCAGGUCGAUUGUGAGGAGCUGAGCACCGUCCCUCCCCUCAGAUUGGAUUCCUUGUAAAUGAAGCUCACUCACUUCCUGAGGACCAGACCUCACUGAUGACUAGGAAGCAAAGAGUACCCAGAAAAGCACUUUUACCACGGACUCCACCUCAGGAGCACCAGGAACUUGUCUUCUAAGUAAAAGCUGUGCCCCUUCUGUGCAGACCCGAUGUCUACUGCAAUGGAUACAGAAUCAACAUAUUCGGGAUACUCCCACUACUCAGGUCACUCCAAAAAAGCCCACAGACAAGGGAGUCGGGACAGGCACAAAUCGCCGCGAAGCAAAGAUGGCAGCCGGUCGGAGAAGUCCGUCACUAUCCAGACACCUCCCGCAGAGCCGCUGCUUGGGAACGACGCCUCUCGGGCAGAGGAGGGCCAGGAUGACAACUGGGGUGAGACCACAACAGCAAUCACAGGCACCUCAGAGCACAGCAUUUCCCAGGAGGACAUUGCCCGGAUCAGUAAGGAUCUGGAGGACAGUGUUGGGUUGGACUGCAAACGUUACCUGGGCUUAACAGUGGCAGCUGUUCUCGGACUCCUUGUCUUCCUUACCCCCAUCGCCUUCAUUCUGUUACCCCAAAUCCUGUGGCGGGAUGAUCUGGAGCCAUGUGGUACUGUCUGUGAGGGACUGUUCAUCUCUGUGGCAUUUAAACUCCUCAUUCUUCUGAUCGGGACCUGGGCUCUGUUUUUCCGCCCACCCAAGGCAGAUAUACCACGGGUGUUUGUGUUCCGGGCCCUUCUGUUGGUCCUCAUCUUCCUGUUUGUGUUUUCCUACUGGCUCUUCUACGGCGUUCGCAUCUUGGACUCGAAGGACACCAACUACCAAGGAAUAGUGCAGUACGCCGUGUCCCUGGUGGAUGCUCUGCUCUUCAUUCACUACCUGGCCAUUGUGCUGCUGGAGCUGCGGCAGCUGCAGCCCAUGUUCACUGUCAAGGUGGUUCGGUCAACGGAUGGAGAGUCACGAUACUACAGCUUGGGGCACUUGAGCAUCCAGCGAGCUGCACUGGUGGUUCUGGAAAAUUACUACAGAGAUUUCACAGUCUACAACCCAGCCUUGUUAACAGCCUCCAAAUCCCGUGCAGCCAAGCAUAUGGCUGGCCUGAAAGUCUACAACGUUGAUGGCCCAGGUAACAACGCUUCGGGGCAGUCCCGCGCCAUGAUCGCCGCCGCCGCCCGUCGCAGGGACUCCAGUCACAACGAGCUCUACUACGAGGAGGCCGACCACGAGCGCCGAGUCAAGAAACGCCGUGCGAGGCUUGUGGUUGCAGUAGAGGAGGCUUUCACUCACAUCAAACGCCUCCAGGCAGAAGAACAGCAGAAAGCUCCAGGAGAGAUGAUGGACCCCCGAGAAGCAGCCCAGGCAAUCUUCCCCUCCAUGGCAAGAGCUCUGCAGAAGUACCUUCGCACCACUCGCCAGCAACAGUACCACAGCAUGGAGAGCAUCUUGCAACACUUGUCCUUCUGUAUCACCAAUAACAUGACACCAAAGGCAUUCCUGGAGCGUUACCUCAACCCGGGCCCAACCCUCCAGUACGACAGGGAUCGCUGGUUCUCCAAGCAGUGGACGCUUGUCAGCGAGGAAGCGGUCACAAGCGGGUUACAAGACGGCGUUGUUUUUGUCCUCAAGUGCUUGGACUUCAGCCUUGUUGUUAAUGUGAAGAAAAUCCCCUUCAUCAAACUCUCAGAAGAGUUCAUAGACCCUAAAUCUCAUAAAUUUGUCCUCCGCUUACAGUCUGAGACUUCAGUCUAAGGGAUUUUGAGGGUGGGUUGUUAGGGGAUUUUUUUUUUUCCUCUGUAUUGUGCUUUUGGGUUUAAUUUCCCCAAUGCUGACUGAAACUGGCAGAUGAUGGACCAGUAAUCUUUUACCAUCUGCACUUUAUUUGGAAAGGGGAGGGGGGAGUUGGGAUAUCUUAUCGAGAGAGAAAUACCUUAAGAGGCGACAGGGUGACUUGGCUCAGUUAGCUCAGCCUUGGAGACAGAACAGUUUUAUUUUUUUUCUUUUCCCUCCCCUUUCCAGGCAUACUGUAAAUCUCACGCUCUGCUUUCUCUGCACAAUUGCAACGUCAGUGUUUUUGUUGGAGCUCUGCCUUACACCCUGUGUGCGCCCGUGCUCGUGUGUCUCUGCUUUUGCUACCUGUAGCUGUUUCUGAGAGCACAUUGCUCACCUCCCUGUUACAGAAACCUGCUUGCACAGGAGCAUGGCAGCCCCUGUUUGCUCAGAGAGGAGAGGCUAUCAAUGGGCUGCCUCUCUGAGCUGCCUAACCUGGAGACUGAAGAUUUUUAUUCUUUUCCUCCUCUCCACGUGCCCUCUUCUGUCAGUACUUGACUUGUACAAGCAUAACGGGAUGAUUUUGCUCUCUGUGUCUCUGUGAAGUUGCUUAUCUUGAACUGGAUCUGCCCAUCUUGCAGCUCUUUCAAUUUUUUAUUUUUAUUGUUUUUUUACCAGUGCUUUGUUAGUGAAACUGGUCUGUGUGACACAGCUCCCUGUUAUCUCUCACCUGCUUCCCUCUCUCCUGCUUGCCUGGAUCUUUGUUGGGCACUCCCAAGGCUCCCUGUUUUUGUCCUCUUCUGUCUGGCUUUCCAAACGUGUUUCUCCAGCCGCAGUCCCCCUGGGGUCUGCCUUACUGCCGCUUCCUUUUGCACCUGCAAGGGCUGCGUAUUUGCACUGGGACAGGGUGGGUAAGUCGCUGGCUCCUCCUCAGAUAAAUCACAACCUCUCCCUACGUCUGACAGCCUCUUUGAGGGGAAGUGAGGGUGCAGGCAAGAAUGUGCCCCUCCCUCUCCACUGGCUUCAAGUGUGUCUUGAGGAAAGAUGGGCAAAAGCACUUCCCUCCUGGAGGAGAGGAGCCAGGGAAGGGCUGACCUGCCACAUGCACUUGCUUUGGAGAACUGCUGUGCUCUGGAAACGCUCCAGUUUGUCCUUCCCCACCAUGCGCCUUCAGCUAUAGCUAAGAAAUACCAAACUGUGUCUGAAUGUUGAAAAUCUGCCUGCCUUUUUGUACUGCGGGAGUUUCUGCUCAGUGUCUGGAUCUGCUCCUGUGGGAGGUAUGUAGCUCCAGCAGCUUGGUUUGUAAGGCUGGCUUUGCCCAUCAGUGUAGCUUUCAUGUGUGGCUUUUGCCAUCUGAGAUGUGCGGAGUUUUGACGGGUUUUCUUUUAUUGAUGGGCCUGAAGUGGUUUCUGAAGUGUGAUUGCUGGCACAGGGCAUCCUGUGACUCUGGAGUGUGCUUCAAGGCUGGCAGUGAGCUGCCUUCCAUCAGGCCCCCACAAGACCCCUUCCCCGGCUCUGUGGUGGUGGAUUUGUGUGUGUGAAUGCACACAACUCUGUUGAUUCUGCCCAGUCUUUCGCCAUGCAAAUACCUCUCUCAGGCAGGAUCUGACCUGCCCUCCAUACAGAUGUCUUAUUGCAGAGGGCCCCGGUUCAGCGAGGUAUGUAAGCCAGUGCCUUUCAUUACCAGGGUGUAUUGUCUUCUGAGAGGGGCUGUUACAGCCCCUCCUGUCCCCUUUGGCCUUUUCCAGGCUUUCCCUGGGCUCUUCCAGCAGCUUGUGGAUCUGUCUCCAUUCUCCGACUAGCAGAAGGUGGCCCAGCUAAGAGCAGGAAGCAGGGCUCUGCCAGUUUGGCAUGGCAUGGCUGGUGUGGGCUGGCUGGUGCCCACCACAAGCUGGUGUGAGGGAGUGCCACCUUAAACAGAGGUGCUGGGACAGGACAGUGGGAUCCAGCUUUUCCCAGCUUCAGCAGCAAUGGAGCUGCAUGUCCAACUGCAGAUAGUCGUCUUGAGAUCAAGGGAGCAACCUGGUGAGCAGGGGUCCAAAGUGGUGAUUCCCCAUCCAAAGUGACACCUGCAGUCUCCCACACCUUUCUUACUAGUGCAUAGUGGUCACCUGGAUCCUGUCUUCUCCAUGUGAUGUGCCAGACAUGGUUGUGAGGAAAUGUAUGUGAUGGGCUCAGACCCACAUCUCUUAAAGGAUAGGAAGUAGGUAAAGUUUUCCCUUCUCUAAACUUACUGUUUGGAUUUCUUUCUAGGUCAGGCUUCCUGGUAGUUUGUACAGGGACUCAUUUAUUGUCUGUGGCCUUUGCAGUAUUUUAUUUGGAAAAAAAAAAUAUUAUUCCCUCCUUAAAAAAAGGAAAGGGAGCAUAUAGUGUCUCAUACUUGGCUGUCCUGAAGACGCAUAUAUCUGGCUUUUUUGAUGUGCAUAACCAGCAAGGUGGAAAAGACUUGGGAGUAGCUUGGGAGACUGUGGAGCACUUAGGCCUGUGUGAAGGCUACUGCCUGUGGCUGAAUUGGCUCAUUUCUGUGAAGCCAGAGCAAGAACCACCUUGCCAGGGGGUAGGGUGUGCCUUGUGCAUGAGAGCACCUUGUCUCAGCCACCUCUGCAAAACUUUCUUACUUUCCCAGGAUUUCCUUCUCCUUUCCUUUUCCCUCCCCCUCAAGGGGGGUUGUCUGACAGUAUCUGCUCAGGAAACUCAUGUCUUAAUUGCAUUAAAUCCUUGAACACAUGGAGAACCAGAAGGAAGCAGCAUGUGCUUGCUCUUGAUCUGCUUCCUCAUCUGGGUGCUGUGGUUUAGCGCUGCCUUUUCUGCCUGCUGUCAAAAAGGACACUGUCAACAGGGGCCAACUCCUACCUGAAGUUCUCUUCCGUGUGCCGGCAGCAUGAAUGCUUUGCGUGACGAAAUCUGAAGGAGAGGACUUGGCCUCUCAAAGGGACUCUGCAAAGAUGCAACCUGCUUAGGGGUGAGGGCAGACUAAAAGGGGAACUGAGACUCCUGAGUAUUCCUUGGGUUUGUUUUGGGGGGUUUUAUGACAUUUUAUUUUCCAGGGUGUCUCUUGUUUCCUUUCUGUGUGCAAAAUCGGAGGACCAAUGUCAUACCUACCUCACUGGGGUGUUGUGAGGCUAAACUCAACUUGUCGUCAAAUGCUUUGAGAUCCAUGGAUAGAUCUGUGGCAUCUGUGGGAAUUCAGACUCUUCAUAAAAAUACUGAGUGGCGAGAGCAGACUGAUUUGUUUAACUCUGUUUAUAGCCAGCUAAUGAGUAAGAAUCGAAUCACAGGGAAUGAAGCUCUGAUCCAAAAUCCUACAGUCCUGCAGAGCUUGCCAAGAGCUGAACUUCAAUAAGGCUUGAAGGGUUUGCCAGCCAAGCACAGGCUGUUUUCCUCUGAAUGCCUCUCCUAUCCUAUCCUGCACUGUCUCCUUGCACAUAUACUCUCCCUCCUCUCGGCCUGGAUGCUUGUACCUGGCUGGGAGUUGUAUUUUGUUUUGUUUUUUUUUCUAGAAUUCAGGUGGUUUAUAAGACAACCCUGUUUGUGGUCUAGUGGACAAUGCCCCCCUCAGAAGAGAGCCUUGCACUGGACAUCCUUCACUAAAGGCUGAACCAUUCCCUAGCGGGCAGUGUUGCUGAGCCAGGAGUGGAGCUGCCCCACUCCUCUCUUCCAUGUUGUUGUUUUUUCUGUGACUGUCAAGUAUGCUGCUUGGAUACUUUAAAGGCUUUGGUUUGUUGCUCUCAAAUUUGUUACAGCCAAAAUCCAAAGCCAUGCUGAGAUCUUCCAAAACCAGAUGCAGCGAAGACUUUCAGCUGUUCUGGAGCAGAUGGAAAUGGCUGUGGGUUUCCACGAAGGCUGGUUUUCUCUCACUCUUUAGCAAUGAAAAAGAUUUGGGUUUGUUCCAGCUUCUAGGAGCAGUAGGGACAGAUACUAGACCCUUAAUACCUUGCCACUCCUGUAACUAGGCUUGGGCAGAGGUUGUCAGCAUGUAUGUUAGCCUCCCGUUGCCAUGUGGCUGCAGCCAUCCUGGGGGAGGCUCUGUGGGGCUGCCCCAGGUCUCCUGACUCCUUUCCCUCUCAAGGAGCAGAGCAAGCAGCGCUCCUAGAAGCGUAAGCAUUUUAGCGCUCCCCUCUGUAGCACACCAGUCCCUGGCCAAGCCUCUGUGGUCAGCCAGGGGGGGUGGCAGGGCUGCUUGGAACUACCAGUUUUCACCCCUGUAGGCAGCAGGGGGAUGCCCUGUGCAUGAAAAGGUGGGGUGAUGCAGCUUGCCCACGCAGCAAGGUCAGCUCCUGGUUCUGGGCUUGCCCUGGGUGCCUUCAAGAGCAAAACCCCCUAAAGGGGGAUACUGGGGGGGAGGGCAGAUCUGAUUUCUGUCUCUGCCAGCUUUUCCUCUGACUGCUGCCUCUAAAAAUUUCCCUGCCAACAACUUCAGUCAUUCCACCUCCCAUCCUCCGCUCCCUGUUUUUUUCCUCAAGAUCCCUAGUGAGGCAGAAGAACUAUCUGCUGAGGUGGGAGGUGCUGAAGCUGGAGCUUGGGGCUGCUCAUGCUAAGGCUCAAGUUUGUGGGAUAUAUGAACAAAUCCUAACCCUCACAGAGCCUCCACUUUUUCCUUUGGCUUGGGGAUCUCCACACAAAGCCUCGGGAAUUGGCUGUUGCCAAGUAUGCCAAAAGCUGUGGGGAAGCACUUUCUAAAACCUGUCCUGCCUAAACAACUUUUAAAAGCCUUGUUUGAGAUGUGCUUGUUUCCAACACUUGCUACUGAAGAAGCUGGAAAGGUGUGCUGUGCUAAAUGUGGAAACCUACUAAAGCCAAUUUCAUCUUGCUUGCCAAAACUUGUAAAUCUGCCCUUUUUAAAAGUUAAAAGUCUUGCAGUCUUUUGCAAAAAUGCUGAGUCUGAUCUUUAGACUCUGUUCCUCAGUUGUGCUCAGUUCUGCCCUGCCGUGUGAGAGCUGUUCACAAGAUGUGUGCAGAGAUGUCUGUUUCCUCAUUCAGUUUGUGUGUCUGUCUGCUUUUUCCCCUUAUAGGUGUGUGCAUUCUACAUGUCUAAAGCCUUAAGCCAGGCUUGGUGGUUCAGUGUUUAAAGGAAGUUAAGAAGGAAGCACUCUUUGGAUUGAGCUGUUGGGUUUUUUUUAAAAAAACCACGCGUUCAAACCCUGAAAAAAAAAACUCCCUCGAAUAUCUGUUCUCCUAAAAGAGAUGGCUUUGGGCCAUGAAGCCUCCUACAGGAAUAAGCAUCCUCCUGUGUUCAGGCUGCUGCGUCCCACAGAUGAUGACCAAAAGUUCCUGUUUCUGACAGCUGCUCUGUGACCGGUGCCGAUUGCUUUGGGAUACUCCUGAGCCUGGUCCCUGCAGCACCAGCGCUACAGCCGGUGUUAUCCGCCCCUCUGCAUCCCUCCCAGACUGUUUUUAUCCCAGGAACACACGGAAGCCCUGGGGGCAGCAACCGGCCCUGCCCUGUGUCUGUGUGCUCUGCUGAGACAGGGAAUCCUUCCCUCGGGCUGCUUCCCGGGCACCUCUCUGCAGCGCCAAGGAAGCUUGUGGGGGUGCCUCCUGCGUGCGUGAGGGGGUGCUGUGGCUUGCUACCUGCACAGAUGUAACUGUGAAGAAAUCUUACACACUUCUGUGCCUGUUUCUUUGAUUCAACAUUAUCGUGUCUUGGGGAAGGGGGUGGGAGCAAGCGCCCUUCCCUCGCCCUCUUUUUGAUCACUGUGUAAUACUCUUUUUCUACACGAACUGUGUAUAGUAAGAUGGGUUUUGACAAGGUUUUCUAAUUAAUAGACACUAACCAGCAGUUCUUCUUUCCUCUCCUCUUUGCACAUGUGACUGUAACUGCAAUGGUACAUGGUCUUUCUGUUCUUUUCUAAUUGUGAACUUAAGUAAGCAAAUUUCUGGUGUCUGUGACAUUAAUGCACUGUGGGUCUAGCCUAGUAAGUUGUUCUGUUCCAAGCUGGGUUCUCUUAAGUUAUAGCUGGAUGGGGUUUUGUUGUUUUUAAACUGAAACAUAAAACCGUUUUACACUUUGCAUAUUUUGUACAGUAAAAUUCUGGAAAUAAACUGAAACCAGA